AUGAACAUUCCGGUCGAUCCUCAUAACAACCAUUUCACUCUAAAAAUGUUGCUGACCAACAACAUWCACGGGGUAAUCAACUGGUUGCAGAAUUCUGCCAAUUUCGGGCCUACCCGACUGGACGGGCCCCCCUUCAACCGGAUGAUGUCAACAAGAUCRUGGUUUGACGUUUACGCCACGACAGGAAUCGGCAAAACCGAAUAUGCGUCUAGAAUGGACUGUCUGAUCCAAAUCACGCAGAUGAUGAAAGAAAAUUUCGGUAUUUCGCGUUUGGGUUCGCACAAAUUGUCGACAAACACGAAAUGUUUUGAUGAUUUGCCGAAUGCCAUCUACUCUGCAGAAAAUGCGUUCAUGUUUUCGAAGGAACAAAUUGAGAAACUCAGUAUCUUAGGAUAUUUCUUGGACACAGGCGAUUCGAAAUCGCCUUUAGAAAUGCUUUACGACAUUUCCAAUAUAUUGAUUACGCGGCCAAGAGGGAACAUGACGAUCAAAAGCGGUAUGCAUAUUUACAAGCAUUACCUGAAUUUGUACUGUUCGACGGGAGUGGGGCUGACCGUCGAAGAUGCCAAAACGAGGUCYGCUGAACAAAUGCUAAACACGCUACGAAGACUAUGCGGUUUCGCACCUGCAUUUAAAUUACCGUACAUGGGUGACCCGGAAAAUAACGAAAAUGGACAUCGAAUGUGGUUGUGCUUGCCAAUCGACGRCCAGUAUAAAAUAAAACUGAUCAAAUACUUUUUGGAGUCGUCUCACUUGGUGGCGCACAACGUGCAAAUCAAAGAGCUCGCAGCCAUGUUGAAAGUGGACGUGAAAUAUUGGGAUUCGGAAAACAAUUUCUGUCUUGGGGUGGCUUGCGAAUUUGGACCUCACGUCACGGUCGGCACGGGUUCUWCAAGAAUGAUAAGCGUGAUCAGGGCUCGGACGGCGAUGUUGAACAAGCUGAGACUGGAGUGUGGGUAUACGCAAUAUUCGCGACCGUUCGUGCCGUUUGACUGCUUAAAUUCUACGAYGCCCAAAAACCGUGUGAAGAACUCCAACGUCAGACAAAAUGUUCCCUUCCCGAGCUUGGUGCAGCAGUCCGAUCAAACGUCGAACGAAGUGAUCUCGACCGGACCCUUAGAGUAUACUGACCCGGCGAUGUUCAAUACCGCACAAACGUCUGCUAUCCCCACUGUUUUAAACAUCGGAGAAACAAUAGACAUCUUCAUGCGGGACGGCGUGACUAUGAGAGGUGUGUUUAAUCCAAACGUCAGGCCGGGCCUUAACUACGGUCCCAUCGGACCUAUCCGACCAACGCACAACCGUUGUGGGAUUCGGAUAAUAACGUCGACGGAAAACAAUAAUUCGGAUCGAGAGAACUACACGUAG